AUGCUGGACCUUGACCUCAACAACAAGGAGGGGCUGGUGGGGAAUGUGAAGCUCCAGGACAGCCUUGGCUGCAGUGACCAUGAAAUAGAUUAUAAUGAUGAAAUUCGCCAGGAGCAGCUGAGAGAACUGUCAUAUUUGAAUGGUUCUGAGGACUCAUCACGUGGACGGGGUAUUCGAGGAAGAGGGAUCCGUGUGCCGCCUGCAGCUCCUUCAAGGGGUCGUGGGGGUGCGAUUCCUCCACCCCUGCCUGGACGAGGUGCCCAAGCACCCAGAGGAGCGCCAGUGACCCGUGGAGCCCUCCCUGUGCCACCAGUGGCAAGGGGUGUGCCCACCCCUCGAGCCAGGGGAGCCCCGUCUGUCCCGGGUUACAGACCACCCCCGCCACCUGCACACGAGGCCUACGAGGACUAUGGAUACGAUGAUGGGUAUGGGGGUGAAUAUGAUGAUCCAAGCUAUGAGGCAUAUGAUAACAGUUAUGCUACCCAAACACAAAGUGUGCCUGAAUAUUAUGACUAUGGUCACGGAACAAGUGAAGAGGCUUAUGACAGCUACGCACAAGAAGAAUGGGCCACAACCCGUUCCAGCCUAAAGGCACCACCUCCAAGGUCAGCCAGAGGGGGUUACAGGGAACACCCCUAUGGUAGAUAUUGAAGGUCCUCCUCAUCUGUGACCUCAUCUCAAAGACAAUUAAUAGCCUGUGGUCUCCACAUAAACAGCAACAAGACAAGUAAUAGUCCAUUUCUUUUCUAUCCUAGGGAUUACUGCUCAUUAUUAUCCUAUGUACUACUUGUAUUUCCUAUAACAUUGGCGUGAUAUUGGCAUUAGUAUUAUUUUAUAACACGGACUUAAAAAAACAGAGACAAAAAACCUUUGGCAAACAUUGUCUAUAAACUAUUCAAAGAUGAUGUUCUAUUGGUUGUAUUCAUUGCUGUGUGUAACUUAAAAAGCAUGACACUGUUACAGAUCUCGAGUCUCUCUACAUACUAGCUAAGGCUGAGUUUCUGUUUAGGGUUGCUAAAAGACUGUAAUAUGAUUCUUUUUUUCCUUUUUUUUUUUUCUUUUUGAACCAGACAAUAAUCAAGCUGUAGAUAAGAUGUUUAACCUGUCUUUUUAAUAUAUGUUAGUUUAGAUUAAGAUGUUCGAUAUUAAGUUUGUAAAUUUAAUUUUAAAUGCUGUUUUAAUGGGGUUGAAAACAAGCAGCUACUGUAUGUAUGUAGCUAACUGAAGUUGUUCAGUGUUUUAACCUGUAUUUGUUAAAAAAAUCACUUAAAGUUCCAUGUGUAAGCUUCUCUAAAUAGGAAACCAUAAUUUUGUCAAAUAUGUUUGCCAUAAUUUGUCAAUAAAGCUGAAACCUUUUGUAACAAACUAAAUUUGGAAUUACUUGUUUUCUAGCUUUAAAUGCCUGCUUUAUUUCUUUUUCAAGAGAUGCCUAAAAUGUUUUUUAUAUAAAAAUUACAAAAAUGAACCCAAGCCUGUUUAAGAUUUUUUGUGUAAGAAUUUAAAAGUUGUAUUAAUAACUUCUGGUUGUUAAAUAAUUUAAAAGUUAACAAACUAAACUGUUACAUGAAUCAUGGUUAGUAUCCACUAAUGUAUAACAUGUUAAUGGAAAAAAAUGCUUUAGAACAAUAAAUGGAUUUUAAACUAUC